GCGUGAUGACGAACAUGAACCCGUGGCUUACGAAAAACGAAAUAUCUCCAUGGGCUGCACGUUUAAUACCAGCUUAAAAGCCCGUUUGUUGAAGAGAAUCAGUGUGUCGUGGAAGAACUAGGCUUGAAGACGGUGUCGUCUCGUCAUCAUAGUCCUUUAAGUGUCUGUGCUAUCCUCUGGCCUUAAAUGAAGGCUGCCUUUGCCUCCUUUCCCUCCGCUCAGCUUCAACAACACAAACCACGGGGGCUAGCCAAGGGACGUAACAUUAGCCGAGACGGGAAGUGAGCUUCGUCUUCUCUUUCAUCGGGCAGGUCUGUCUGUGAGGAGCCCCACCCAGUGAUGAUGCUCCCAGCUGCCCAGCUUGACAGGAGCGAUGGGAUGUGUCAACUAGCAGAUAAGGCCAUCCUGGAUGAUGUAACCAGACUGGAGUUUUCAUCUGCAGUGGUCACAAUAGAGCAAAACAGGGAGUGGACAGAGAAAGAAGAGGACGAGGACGACUACAUCGAAGACACACAGAUGGGUGUGGGGAAGAAUACCAGCAAGUCGAUGGACAGCAGCAGUGAGGGAGGAAAAUAUGAAGAGGAGGGCAAAUGUGGUGCAGAUUUCUACCCUAUUCCGGUGGUGGUAAAUGGUUUGGGCGGUGCCAGUGGAGACCAGGAUACUGAGAACACAGAGCUGAUGGCCAUCUACACUAAAGAUAAUCAAGGAGCAGAAAAGAGCUCAAUGUCUGAGACGCUGGACAGCAGAGACGGUGUGGAUGCAAGGAGAAUGGAUAUGAUUUAUAUCAUUGAAGACACCCCACCCUGGUACCUGUGUGUGUUUUUAGGCUUACAGCACUACUUGACAUGUUUCAGUGGAACUAUUGCGGUGCCGUUCCUCCUCGCUGAGGCAAUGUGCGUUGGGUUCGAUCAGUGGGCCACCAGUCAGCUCAUAGGGACCAUCUUCUUCUGUGUCGGCAUCACCACCCUGCUACAGACCACGCUGGGCUGCAGGUUGCCUCUGUUCCAGGCCAGUGCUUUUGCUUUCCUUGCACCAGCCAGAGCCAUCCUAUCACUGGACAAGUGGAAGUGUAAUUCUACAGAGAUUCCAGCAUUGAACAGCACAGAGCUCCUCCACACAGAGCACAUCUGGCACCCCAGGAUACGAGAGAUCCAGGGGGCCAUUAUAGUGUCGUCCCUGGUUGAGGUGUGUAUCGGAGCACUGGGCCUGCCCGGGAUCCUGCUUAAGUACAUCGGACCUUUGACCAUCACCCCGACUGUGGCCCUCAUCGGCCUGUCUGGUUUCCAGGCCGCAGGGGAGAGGGCUGGAAAACACUGGGGCAUUGCGAUGAUGACUAUUUUCUUGGUGCUGGUCUUCUCUCAGUAUGCCAGAAAUGUUAACUUUCCUCUCCCGAUCUACAAAGCCGAGAAAGGCUGGACAUCCUAUAGGCUGCAGGUCUUCAAAAUGUUUCCUAUCAUCAUGGCCAUCCUGGUGUCAUGGCUGUUGUGUUUCAUUUUCACUGUGACUGACGUUUUCCCACCGGAGAAGGACAAGUACGGUUUCUAUGCCCGCACAGACGCACGUCAAGGGAUCCUUGCAGCUGCACCGUGGUUCAAGAUCCCAUAUCCCUUCCAGUGGGGCGUUCCCACUGUCACAACUGCUGGUGUGAUUGGUAUGAUGAGUGCUGUAGUGGCGAGCAUCAUCGAGUCGAUCGGGGAUUACUACACCUGCGCUCGUCUCUCUUGUGCUCCUCCACCUCCCAUCCAUGCCAUUAACAGGGGGAUUUUUGUGGAGGGUAUUUCCUGUGUGCUGGAUGGUCUGUUUGGGACAGGAAAUGGCUCCACCUCCUCCAGUCCAAAUAUAGGUGUCCUAGGGAUCACAAAGGUGGGCAGCAGACGUGUGAUUCAGUAUGGAGCUGCCAUGAUGCUGCUGCUGGGGCUAGUGGGUAAAUUCAGCGCCCUGUUUGCCUCUCUGCCUGACCCUGUGCUGGGAGCUCUGUUCUGCACCUUGUUUGGCAUGAUCACAGCAGUGGGACUGUCCAACCUGCAGUUUGUUGACCUCAAUUCCUCCAGGAACCUCUUUGUCCUGGGAUUCUCCAUCUUCUUCGGCCUUAUGCUGCCAAGCUACCUCAAAGAGAACCCGCUGGUCACUGGCAUAGUUGAGGUUGACCAAGUGCUGAACGUGCUCCUCACCACUGCCAUGUUUGUCGGAGGCUCUGUUGCCUUCAUUUUGGAUAAUACUAUCCCUGGUUCACCUACAGAACGAGGCCUUGGGCAGCUGAAACGUGGCUCUGGUCUUAGUGCAGCAGAACUGGAAGGGAUGAGGUCUUAUGACUUGCCGUUUGGAAUGGACUUCCUCCGCAGACACCCUAUUUUUAAGUACUUCCCAAUUAGCCCCACUUUCACAGGAUACAAGUGCGGGAGGCUACAGAAAGCUUGCACACGCAGAAUGGGACAUGGGGAUGCAGUGAUGGGAGGGGAGGGAAGCACAACACCCAGAGAGAGUCAAGUAUAGCCAGCGGGCUGGUGCUGAAAUUCUUACAUGUUGUUGAAUUUGGGGAACAAGGGUUGGUAUUGAGGACGGACAGGGUUCAGGAUUGUGUGAAAGAAAAUGGGAUGCACCAACCCCGUCAGUAUGUUUAUUCUGUUGCUCGUCUGUCUUUUUUUCCCACUUCCCACAGUGCUAUUUCAAGCAUGCUAGCAAAGAUGUCACCAUGCAGAGUUAGUUGGUGUGUGUGUGCAUGUGUACUGUAUGGAGAAAGAGAUAACAGGACUGUACAUUAAUUGGUUUGCACUUUAAUCCAGAAGGAGAUAGAUGGGUGUCAGACAUUCAAAGCUGAAUAUUUGAUAACUCACUCCUAUCAUAUCCUGCCCAAGCUAUUUUCUAAAACAUACUGUCCUAAAAGCAGAGUAGGUCUGAUUACAUCCAUUGAGAAUUAUACAGAGAUUUUUAUGCAACUGUAUUAAAGACAUGCACAUGCCCCAGCAGUCUCACCAAAAUUAGCUUGAGUGCUACAGUGCACAUCAGUCAUGCAGACUGAUGGAAGUGGUUUGUCAGGUGCCCAUGCACAGUGAUUGUGAAAUUUAUUUUUGCACUAUCUGCCUCCUGUGUUCAAAACAAGAAUGUUACUCCCCAGCUGGCUCCCCCAUUUCUCUAGUAAAUCUCUUUUUUUUUUGGCCUUUAGCAGAACAUCACAUCCACUGAUCUCAGUGUUAAAGAGCUUCACAUCCUCCAUUUCUAAUGUACUGUAAUAGAAUGCUAAUAAUCACAGGAACUACCCUGUGAUUGGGCAAAAACUCACUAACAUACCAGUUUACAUCUCCUCAUUGUGUCGGUGCAUCAUUUACUAAUAAGACCAAAACUCUACUUUCCCUCAGCACACCUGCGUGUCACUUUGCUGUCAAAUGGGACUUGUUUUCCUUCAUUACGCAGCAAAAUAACAUUUUGCAAGGUUCUUUUUUUUUUUUUUUUUUUUUUUAGUGAUCCUAGUUUGCCUAUUUCACAUCAUUAUAUGUAGGCAUGUACAGUACAUAAUGAAGCAGGCUUUUAAUAAUGCUUCUGCUGCUGUGAUGGCUGCAGCUAAUGGCACACAGUUACACAGACGGGGCCUUAUGAAAGAGCCUAUGAAUGGCAGGAGAAUUACAGUGGCAAGAAAAAGUGAAUCCUUUGGUAUGCUUGCCUUUAUUGAAUACCCCAUGCAGCUCAGACUUUAUUCCUAAUCUAAUUUGGGGGGGGGGAAUCUGAUUGCCACUCAGACCUUAACCCAGUAGAGAUGCUGUGGAAUGAGCUCAGAGAGCUGAAGCCGCUCUGAGGUCCAAAAUGGUCAAAUUCCUCCUGAAUAUUUUGCAGGUCUGAUUCACAGUUGCUGGAUGCCAGGCUUCACCUACUUGUUCCACCCAUAUUUAAUGGGUGUGUUCAAUAACAAUAUGGAAGAUUUUAAUUGUUUGUUAUUAGUGCGUCUGUACUAGAUGAAGAUCCGAUCAGAAGUUUCAAAGGGAUCACACUUUUUUGCCACUGGUCUUCUGUGUGUGUGUGUGUGUGUGUGUGUGUGUGUGUGUGUGUGUGUGUGUGUUAACGUAGGAUUUUAAAAGGCUGCAUCAUAAGUACUACACUCCUGUCUCUGUUGAGAUCAUGAUAUUUCCAUCAGUGUGUAGUUAGCCCUUGCAUAAUUGCAUUAAACAGUAAGAGUGGUGGUUUUGUUGGGAUAUAGAGCAUUUAAAUGCAGUAAGAGGGGUUUAGAGAGUUUAAGUUUGCCUUUUAUUCUCUGGAUCGACUCAGCUGAUCAUGACUUACUGGUUUCAUUAAGUUUUCACUUAUUUAAUUUGUCAGCGACUUUCUCUUGUAUUCCUCCUCCUAUCUUCACUCAACUCUACACCUCCCACUCCUGUCCCAUUUCAGUUAGAUAACUGCUGAUGUUUGUUAGUGUUCACAUCUGUAGUUAGCUGCACAUCUGGCUGAGUAGCAGCAUAUUUCAGCAGCCCUUACAAUAUUGACCCAUGUGUGGAUAGUAUGUCUUUUAAUUUGACCACACCAUGUGCCUCUGCUGCUUUAAAUGAAGUUUGCAACAGUAUAAUUUUGGUAAAUAAAAAAAGUAGCACGUUGAGAAAGAACAGCCAGAAGAAAACUAUUUAGCCCAGCUGAGAUUUUUACCUAACCAAAAUGUAAAAGCUCUUUAUUUUUAUUUCUUCUUAUUGUUGUUACUAUAGAUCAGACUCUUCCUAUUAAGCAUUGGCAUUAUUGCUGUUGUGAAACUGGCUAAAUUUGUUUGAACUCUCAUCCCAGAUGUGCUCAUCUUUUAUCUCUUUUAUUUAUUUAUUUAUGAGAAGAAAGUCAUUUAGAUUGCUUGAAGCAGGUUUGUGUCUCUUGCACAGUGUUUAUUAUUAGUUUACUUGUUCAUGCCCUGUAAAGAUCAGUAUGAUGGUGAGCAACUGCGACUCCUGAACCUCAGCCUCAGCUACUGUCGGUGCUUUUAGAAACUCACCUGGGGACAGCAGCUUUUUAUAAAGGCAGUUUCUAAUAUAAGAUGUGAGUUGCUUCUAUUUCAUUCCUAUUGUAUGAUGUCAUUUUUAAACACAAGUGACAACACUUUUAAGUGGUGCACUGGAUACUUGAGAGUCAGGGCCUUUUUACAAGUACUGUUUGCACAUGUGCUGGUGCCAAGAACACAGCGUUAUGGAGUGAAUAAUACUAAUCUUGGGCCCUAAAAUGCCAUGAGAGUGUUUAUACAGAUUUAUAGUGAUGAAUGAACCUUUUUUUUGUUUUGUCUGAAGAUAAGUGGCUGAAACAUCUAGUGACUGAAUAUUUUUGGUCCUUGGUCUGAUUUCAUAACUAGCUAUAGCUGCAUUUAUGACCUCAGCACUCCUCACAUUAGUUUGGUGAUUUGGUCACAAUUUACAGGAACAAGCUUUUUGUUUAUUCCCCCCCCCCAAUUCAUUUUUUUUAACCUGCUACUGAGAGAUUGGUUACACCUUCAAAUGUAUUUUUUUUCUGCAGUUGUACGGAUGUCAGCUUUAUGUCCUGAGUAGUAAAAUGUUUGCUCAGGACAAAAACAAUGUUAAAGUCCAGUUUUUACCCACUCUGUGGUCUGCUCUGCUCUUCUACUUUAUAGGAUGUACUUUAGCAAGCCUGUAGCACUAUACUGACAAUGUGUUGUUUCACCAAAAUCUGUUACCCAAAUAGGAAUUUCAGCUCCUGUAGCUAUAUUGCCAGCAAGUGUUUUCAGUAUACUGAAACAUUUAUUUAGAUGUUGCCAAAAUCGGACAUGGGCACUGUCAUAAAUGAGGCCACUCAUUUAUUCAGUUUUUCUAUAAUCAUUAUGGAGACAUUGUUUUCAGUAACAUCUGUUAAAUUGCAGUAUGUCUUAAAGUAUGACCCAUUUGCAAUGGUAAAUGUUAACUGAGUCAUAGAAUCUGAUCGAGUGAAUUCAUUCUGUAACACAGACUGUGGAAAUGCUGGAUUUAAACAUCCACACCUCAACAAAUGUUUUCAUUCUGUGGACCGUAGACAUGCUGUAAGUCUGGAGUGCAGGGGUCACAAGUGGGACUAGGCUAGCUGGUGAGGACUGAUGUGUGGGAAAACUAAAUCUAAAACCUCACCAUCCCCAAGUGGUGGCUGUGCUCAGGACUGUCGGCUGGAUAGCUGAAGAUAAGAUGCAGUGUUAUAAGGUGGUUGGUAAAAUUAGCAGUGUGUUUUUUGGCACACCAGCAGUUAUUGGCUUCCUUGCGUGCAUAACUUUGCUCCAGGACCAGGAAUGAUCAGAGAGCAGUCACAGCCUCUUGUGUCUUACCUCUUAGAGAGGAGCGGAGUACCUGUAGGGCGGUUGACCAUUUCUGGCUGUUUUCAUGAAUGUUUAGUACAUGGCAUA